AAAAUGAAUGUUGGAAAAAUGCAGUUAAAGGGUUCAAUGAUUCUGUUAAAAAAAUUUUUGAUGAUACAGUUUUAAAAAUAAAUAAUAAACUUGAUGAUAUUAAUAUUGAAGGAAGAGAGUUGAUUAUGAAGAAAUUAAAAAAAAGACAAAAGAA